CGUGUGACUUUGCUCCUCAAGAUGGCGGACUUCGCAUAACUUUCUUCUUUUUGUAUUUUGAUCAAAAUGAUUUGAUCUUUGCGAAGUCAGCCACGUAGCGGGAUCAAACGAUGGAGGCGUUUAUAAUCGAUCCAGCUAGACUGAUAAGCGAUAUAGUCGGUAAGUAUUUUCAAAACUUUGCGUGAUAAAAUCAUCAAGCCGUGAAUAAUAUAUAUAUAUUCUUCACACAUUAUUGAUAGCUUUUUGUGCGCAGAUGGAAUAUUCGCAAAAGCACAUAAUGAAAUGUUUAAGACUCGCAGGUUUCUCUAUGUGUGAUGAAUCAUUAACGUAAGUUUAAUGGCCUGUUUACGUGGCGGUAGGUAACCCGCUUUAAGGUGGGGUAACCCAUGUCACCUGUCCAUGUAAUCUCUCAUUUUAAUUUGAUCACGUUUACAUGAUAGGUGGGGUGACCAUAUGAGACAUUAUAUGGACAGGUGGUUUACCUUACUUCCUUGUAAACGGGCCCUAAUAGACAUCUUCAUGUUAAUAUAAGCAAGUAUUUGAAUUUCGGAAAUGUCAAUCAGUUAAGGUGAUUAUGGUUAGGCUGCAUAAAGAAUUGAUACUAUAAGAAAUAGCAAUAUUUUGCUAAAUCUAUUUUAUCAGAAACUUGAGUUAAUGCGUAAAAAUUCCAGGGCAAAGAUCUCUCUAUAAAAAGCCUCCAGAGAAUGGACAACACUCCCUUCCCCCAUUCAUGAAUAUUAUCUGGCUCACUCACUCCACCAAUUUUACCCCACCAAGUGUACUCAAAUAAGCACCUUGAUACUUUAAAAAUAAAUCCUACACUUCUUCUUUCAGGAAACAAAAAAUAUUUAUUUUAAUGAGGUGAAAAAGCUUAUGUUUUGCACUCUAUUUUUUAGUUUAAUAACAGUCAACUCUUUCUUAAUGGACACCUCAAUAAGGAGGGGGCUGAAUAGGGGGUAUGCAAAUCCGCCGAUCUCUUAUGAUUUAUUACCCAAAUGUGUUGUUAAAGUUUUGCCCUAAAUCCAAAAUCCGGGCAAAAAUAUAUUAAUUACAUGCAAAGUCCAAAAUCCAGGCACAAAAAAUGGAUUAAUUCGCGUUCCACUGCAAUUUUAUUAUUGUACUGGAUGGUAUUAAAAUCCAUUUUGAAUCAGAUCUGGGCAAAAAUAUUUUCAAAAUCUCAAUUUGAAUCCCAAUCACCCCAAAAAACAGAUUUUCCCAAAAAUGGACACUUAGAAUUGGUCCCUGUUGUUCUUUAGUCAAUUUCUUUGACUCCCUAUAAGAUAGACACCUCCGUAAACUGGAUACUUAGCGUUGGUCCUUGCCACUCUUCAGUCAUUUCUUUUGACUCUCUACAUGAUGGACGCCUCCCUAAACCACACACCUAGAGUUGGUCCCUGCCAUUCUUCAGUUAUUUUCUUGACUCUCUAUAAGAUAGACACCUCCAUGAAAUAAAUACUUAGUGUUGGUCCCUGCCACUCUUCAGUCAUUUCCUUUGACUCUCUACAUGAUGAACACCUCCCUAAAUGAGGCACCUAGAGUUCGUCCCUGCCAUUUUUCAGUCAUUUUCUUGACUCUCUAUAAGAUAGACACCUCCCUAAAAUGGACACCUAGGAUUGGUCCCUGUGGGUCUUUACUUAUUGUCCUUUACUCACUAUGAGGUGGAUGAUACUUACUAUUGAUCCUAUCAGCGUCUAACUAAGAGAGAGUUUACUGUAUUGGAGCUCUUAAUUUCUUUAACCAAACAUCGCAUUCUUAUAGAGAGCUGUGGUACUUAUUUAACCCCUUACGGCCUGAUAUCAGCUUGAAAAUUCUUCAAACACUAAUUUAUUUGAUUAUCACAGCCUUAAGUUUUAACUUAAUAACAAUACAGUCAGGGCUGUCCCUAAGAUUUCAAGUUGGUGGGUAAAUACAACAGGAAGUAGGUGUGGAAUCAAACAGCUAGGGGUUUCCUUUGGUUCUAUUUUUCUGCUAUUUUCCUUUGAAAGUAGCCGGGGAAAAUCCCCGGCCCCCGCCUCCUAAUGACAGCUCUGACAGUAUUUGUAACUUUUGUUUUUUUUUUGUCUAUCUUUGUAGGGUACAUCACUGAACUGAAAAAUAUUUACCAGACAUCCCAGAGGGCCAUCACAGAUGAUGAAACAACUCUUCAUAAGUUCUGUGUUAAGCUUGAAACUGUUAUGAGACAUGAACAAAAGGGUAGGUAUUGACAUAGGUGGCGGAGCAAGGGGGGGCAGGAGGAUCAUUAGCCCCACAAACAAAAUCUUGGGGGGACAGAGCUUUGUCACGUUUUGGUCCUGAAAAACACUUUUAAAGGUGUAUUUGACAAUACCUGGGACAUAGGCAACUUCGGAGUGCAUAUCUUCUGCCCUCAGAUGACUCAAGUACUACCUAAGAAGAGCCAUGAAGUAGGACCACCUGAGCAACUGCCUACUGAUGGAUUGUCACAAAUUGAUUACAGACACACUAGACACUGUGAAGAGGCCCUGCCAGGGUAAAUUCCGACAAGCGACAUGGCCCAAAAAGUAGUGACAGCGCGUAAAAUGAAAUCGCGACAAGAGACAACCUCCCUCAGCCAAAUUGUGACAGUGACGGCAGAGCUGACAAUAAGCGACAAGCAUCUAUAAACACCGACACGAGAUGUUUUAAAAUUCAGAUGGGCAACCUCCCUCUGUGUAGGUUGCAAACAGGUUCAGUUGCUUGUGCCAAUGAACAAUGCAAAGGGCACUUUGGAAAAUCUGAGCAGGGGUAUGCAUAUUGCUGAGUGAAAGAUGAGCUCCCCCUUGCUUCAAAAUGCUCUGCUGCCUCUACGUACUGACACUGUAUUAAGACUGAAGGGGGGACUCAAUGGACAGAAAGCAAAAUGGGUAUCUGAAUUAGUAACUUUUAAAAAGAAGGUUGCUCUUUUAUUGUUAGUUCUCAGGUUAUCAGGCUUACUAUUUACCCCUAGGUAUAAAAGUUUUUCCCCCAGGUAUAAAAGUUUUACCUUCAGCGCCCUGCCUAAUUAAGAGAAUUAUUGUUAAGCCUUGUUACGGUUAAAAAUUAUUAGGUGGACUUCAUGCUUCUUUGCAGUGUUUUAUGUUGCAAAACUUUCCUGUUUCCUUCAGCUGUCUUUUGUCAUAAGAUGUUGGCAAACUACCUUCUCUUUCCCUACCCCCUUUCCCCUGAGUUUAUCCUCUCAUCCACCCCCACCUCCCAUCCCCACCUAUAUAUCUUGUUGUACGGGGCAAGCUCAUGGCAUAAUUUCUUUCUUUAAAUAUUUCAGAAAGGUAUUCUCUUCUUGGUGCUAGAAAAGACUACUGGAAUUUUAUCAGUGACUGCAUUCCAAAGGAUGAUGGAAUCAGAUUUGUUCACGCUGUACCUCAGGUAAACAUUUCUGUUUGUUUAAUAUAUCAAAGCAGGUUACUCAUGUUUUUAUUCUGGUUACUUGUAAAAUGUUGACAGUAAAAUGCAGAUUUUCCUGUCUGUUAUUUCCUCCCCUGAUUAUUUUUAACCAAAGGGGUCUUUCAAGCUGUGGCCAAGCACUGUAGUCUUAUCCCAGUUUAAAAAACCUCCAGCAGGGCAGCAGAUAAUGAACGGUCAUUGGACAAAAAUCUGCUAGUGUCCCAAGAAGUCCCACCUGUGUUCUGUAUUCAGACAUUAUGUCCGGAGAAUCUUUUUAAUCUUAAAUCAUUUUACGAUAGCUAAAGGAAAAAUAAAAAACUACCUUGAGUAAAUCGUACUUUUUGUUAAGACAAUCUCAAACCCAUGAAACAUCAUUUAGUGUGGUAUGUCCUCUAUUUUACCAGGUAUCAAGUUCAACCACUUUUUGGUGAUGUCCAACCAAAAUUUUGUUUUGUCUGACCAAGAUGGUGUCUUAGUAGGACAUUUGUCCUUUCUAAAGAAAAAAAUUAUUUGCAGCCAUUUCCAGGCUCCCGGCAGGUUUUAAAAAAGUGAGAUUCCAAGCUGUAUUUAUAUGCCUGUGCUAGCUGGAGAAAGAAAGGGUAUGCAGAUCAGCAGAUCGGCAUUAGAGGUGAAGGAGCAAAGGGAUGGCAUAGUGGUGAGAGUGCUCGCUUCCCACCAAUGUGGCGGAGUUCAAAUCAACGCCAUACGUGGGUUGAGUUUGUUGUUGGUUUUCUCCUUUGCUCCGAGAGGUUUUUCUGUGGGUACUCCGGUUUUCCCCUCUCCUCAAAACCAACAUUUCCAAAUUCUAAUUCGACCAGGAACGAAGAGCCACUAUGUGGAUGUGGUACCUCCAGAUCAUUAUUUAUUUAUUUAUUUAUUUAGAGGUGAAGAGCAGGGCUGUGCUAUAGUAGCACCUGGUUAUCCCCUUGGGAGACUACUACACUGUAAGAUAAUCUUUGGCCUUGUCCACACAUAUCUGGAUAUUUUUGAAAAUGAAGAGUAUUUUCUGCUUUGAAAAAAGUCAUGUCCACACAUACAAAAAGGGUAAAACAAUGGAAAUCAAUAGGAUCCACUAGAGAGCAUGUGUGUUGUGACAUAUGUCACCUUUUUGGGUACCUGAAAAUGCCAUUUACUUGUGGACAAUGGGCUAAAACAGAGGAAAGCAAUCCUUGUUUUCAAAAAUACAUGUAUCUGGAUUUGUGUGUAAGGGGUCUUAGUUUUAUCACAAAACUUUAGUGUCAUCUUCCUGGAUUUUAUUGUUUUGAGUUUUUGUUUAAACUCAGCUUGAACCAAACUUGUCCAGAAUUAAUUUUUUUGUAAAGCAAUACUGUACAAGCAACAACUAGGUCCUGCUGAAGAGGUUUCACUUGGUUAUUUCUGUUGAGGAUGGAGUUACUUCCAUGGUACAUUACCCCUUAUAACUUCUGUACUUUUUGUAACGCUGUUUCCUGUGUUAUGAUCUCUAGGUUAAAACACCCCAAGGUAAAGGCAGGGCAUUUAUUCGCUAUUCACUAGUAAAAAGAUCACUGGCAGAUGCAAUCCAGAGAUGCUUGGUAAUGAGAAAACAUUUGAGGUAGGUGUACUGCUGCUUAUGUUUUAAAGUGAUUUAUGUUCUCCUUUUUCCUUGAUUGCCCCAUCUCCUUCAAGAAAAAAUUCUCUCAGCAGGUCUUGAAAUAAUGGAUGGUCAGUAGUCAAUGUCCGGUCAAAAGUAGGUUCUGUCCAGUCAAAUCCUUGGAUGACCAGACACUUUGCCCGGUAGUUUAUGCGUCUAAUGGAAAUUAUUUGGGAACUGCUGAUUUUAGAUAAGGUUGGACAUAAUUGCUAUUCAUGAAGAAACAAAAGGGGGAAAGAAAGAUAUUACCAGAUCAAGAAUUUUGUCAAUUAAAUGAUUCAUAAUAGUGAUUUUUUAAUUUCUGGAUGUUGCAAAUUAUUGCGUUGUCAUCCAUCAAGUCAUUGCGAAUUCAGGAGUAGCAUGUGUAGCGGUACGCCAAUUAUUCUUAUAGUCCGCUUGGAUUUUUCCAUGAAGUGUGAUAAUCCUAGAUGAUUUUGGAAGGUAAUGAAUUGAAACUGGCAGCAAAUAAGAAGAACUAAAGAAUAGAAGAAUAUAUCUGAAGAAACAGUUGGCAUUCACAAGUCAACAUUAUAAGUGCUUUUAUUUUCAAUUUAGCCUAAUGCUGCAUUUUUCCCAGAGGGGCCGCCGUAUCGUGUUUUCCAUACUUUCUGCUUUUAAUGCAACGUUUCAUAAACAAAAUGAGCUUAGUUACAUGUAAUAUACUUGUUUGAUUCUCAGGCAUGCGUGGGGAUGGAGAGGAUAGGAGGGUCUUUUAUUAGAGAUAAUUAGAUAUUUAUCUGGCUAAAAAUGGGUAAUGUUCGAACAAAAAUAGGUUUGACUGGGCAACUUGACCAGUGCUAGCUGUAAACUUUUUUUAAGCCCUGUCAUGGAAUUCAGAAAUGAAUAAUACGUACUAAAAAAUAUAUCCAUUCUUUUUUUGUCUUAUUCUCCUUAGCCUUGAAGUCAAAUAUAAAUUUUAUUUUCUGAAACUGGCCUAAUCUUAUUUUUCUUUGUUUUAUGAUCAUACAUCAUCAGACAGAAAAUAAAGGAUAACUUUUACUGUGUGCCAAAUUCCACUGUCACACUCUGUUUGCUUUAUAUUUCAGUUCAUGUUAUGGAGCUGAAGCAAUUCUCUGCCAUCCAUCGCUGUCAACAGCACUGAUUAACAAGCUGUAUGAUUUGAAUGACAUUGAGUUUGAUUUGCCAUGUGCUGGACAUGAGCUGGAUAUUUCAUGGCCAGCAUUUUCAAGGUGAUUGCAAUUCAGGAAAUUUAUGCACUAAACCUUUAGUUAUAUCUUUAAAACUUGCACCACUUAUUUCAAAAACACAAGUUUCCUUCUUUCUCUGGGUUACUCUGAGGUUAAUUUAUAACUCCAAGUUGAAGUUUUGACUAGUUUAACUGGCUCUGUCAAGUAAAAUCAAGAGUCCACUUUUAAUAUUAACCUCUGUUUUCUUACUUUUACUGAAAAACGCGAGGUUACAAGCCAAAAUGUUGAUUUAACUUCAGAAUUAUCUCAAAAAAGACAACAAAAAAAUUGUGGUUCACCUUCAGUUUACAAUUAAGUGAUUUAAAUAAAUAUUUUGCAUGGUAGAGAAAUUCAAGUAAAGUGUCUUCAUGCUGAAUAACAAGCCAGUUAAUAAUCAUGCCUAGUGCUUAACCCUUCACUCCCAAAGAGGGCCAAGAGUUAAAACGCAACAAUAUUUCCAAAUUUCAUUUGUAAAAUGCUGAAAAAUAAAUAGUACCAUGUGAAAGUACUGCUGAAGAGGUUUCAUUUGAAUGGUAACACCAUAGGAUUUCAUCCACAGACUCAAAAGUUAGAAAAACAUACUAUAUAAAUAGUACCAUGUAAAAGUACUGCUGAAGAGGUUUCAUUUGAAUAGUGAAACCAUGGGACCACAGACUUAAAAGUUAGAAAAACAUACUAAAUAAAUAGUAGAACUGUACCAUGUGAAAGUACUGCUGAAGAGGUUAUCUUUGAAUUCACAGACCCAAAAGCUAGAACCACCUUCCAGACGACUCCAUCAUUCACUUUGGGAGAGAAAGAGUUUACAGAACAUGCCUUUUUUAUUAAUUGCACAAUGGUCAUACAUGGUAAUGGAUGAACUCCUAGGCUAUGUUGUGAGUCCUUGAAUAACAAGGAAAAAUAGAUUUACAACUGUUUAGUACAAUGCAUCCCUCUCUCCAAAGGCAAAGUCCAAUUACCAUAUGGCCGUUUCAUGUUUUUUCCUGCGCCAAAUGCUGUAGACUGUCACUAAUAUUGUUUAUUUAUUGCUACUUUUUUCUCUCUAAUUUUUCAGGAGAUCUUUUGAUGAAAGUCAAGGUUCAGUGUCCGGCAGAAGGAGCAGCAUCAGUAGUCUUACUAGCGUUGAUUUAAGGGUAAAAAGUACUUCAUUUUUAUAAACAAAUAAUGGAUGAGGUGUUUUUCAAGAACAACAGAAGUGUUGUUGGUUUCAGUUGAUAACACUUACCGACGCCUUGAUUAUUCGGGGUAUCACGAAAACCGAAUUUAAUAUAUCUUUUAUUAGUAAAAUCCAACUAGUGGUCUAUUAUCAAUGCUGCGUUCUGAUUGGUUGAGCUACUCUACCUAUAUGACCCCUUGAUUAUUUUGGCGGGGAUUAAGUCUGGCUUUUACCUAAAAUUUUUUUUUAUUCUCGAAUCUUUUGACCAACUAGUUAUGUUUUAUUAAACAAUUACUCCUCUCGCCCUCAUGGGCUGGUUUGAAAUAAUUGUUAAUUAUACAUUGGUUUUAAUACAAACACACUGUCGCAAGGAGCACAGUUUGACAUUGCUCUUGGACAUCAUGUAAUACAAGAGAAACCAACAGACUAGACGGUUAUCAUCUAGCAGAUAACAAACCUUAAAAACUAAUCUGUAGGUUGUGCUGAUUUCCAAAAUUUGUGGUUGUUGUUGUUGUUGCAGAAUGAGAGGCCAGAUCCCUUGGUUGGCCUAUCUUCAGAAGUCGCUUCACUGAAAAGCAUUUUUAUGGCGGAAAAUUCUCAUGAACUUGCAGAUAACGUAGAGAGUGAUUCCAAUGAUACUCACAACACUGAUUCAAUGUCUGCAGAGCCUCCCACCAUCACUGGAAUGACAUUAGAAAUCUCUCAUCUCCACCAGGCGAUUUUGAAAUGGAAGUCGGAGCAAGAUUCGCAAUUAAGUAAGGCUCACAAUGAGGCCAAAAAAGCGCAAGAUGAAAGAAAGUUCCUAAGUCAAGAAUACGAACUGAAAAAUAAGCAACUAAAUGAAAAAUAUAGCACUUUGAUGAAAGGUAUGACUGAAGAUGCGCAUACAAAAGUCCAGGAGUUGUCUUCUAAGCUAAGCAAAGCUGAGAUAGCAUUAAGUGAAAGAGAUAGGGAAAUAGAGAUGCUUAAAGAAGAAGUAAAGGUCUCGAUAGUUUCGUCACACGAAGCUCAAAGGUCAGCCAUUGAACUUGAAAGACAACUAACGACGUCUGAAAGAAAGCAGACUGAACUAUCGUCUGCGUGUGAACAGUUCAAAGAGCGAUUAAAGCACAAGGAAGAAAUAACUUUGGAAUUAGAAACAAAGCUUAAAGAACUUAAAGAAAAGUGUUAUAAGUUUGAAUCGUCAAAAGUGGAAUCCAACAACAAAGUGGCGGAGUUGGAAGGAGAAUUGAAAGCGAAAGCGGUCGUUUUGGAACGAGUUCAGGAGUCGUUUGAAAAGUUGAAUGGAAUGGUGUUCGGUUCAUUCGAAGAGUUGGAGACCGAGUUGAAGACUCGAUUGGUGGAAAGGGAAAGGGGACUAGAAAAUCAAAGUGCGGAGAACAGAAGACUUGAAACAAAUAUUGUGGAAAUUCAGCAGCAAAAUAGAGAGUUAAAUAAUCAACUUGCGGAUGCAAAAGCAAAGGCUGAGGAAAUGGAAAAUUCCAACAAUGAAUUGCAAACCGUUGUUGAAGAUUUAAAGCUUCAGCUUAGUUCACAACCGCAAAAAGAAGAGAGAUUUUUGUCAGAACUGAACGAAGUCUUGCAAACUCAUGAAGGUACAGACAGUAAUGAACAGAACGGACAUGCAGGUGAACAAAAUGAUUUUGAAGAUCAGACAGAUGGGCACGGAGCAAAAGAUUUUAGGAAAGGAGUUUUGAAGGUGAGAUAAAAGAAAAUCAUGUCAACGCAUUCGGAAAAAAACGCAUGAAGAUUGCGUCUUUUCAAACAAACCUGCGACUGGCUUUACUUAUCCAGCCAGUUUACAGGCACUCCACUCAACUUAUUGGAAACAAAUAAUUCAAAUAUAACAUAACAGGAUCAAAAACCGCAACUGGCAAGGCAGGAGGCAACCAGUUAGCUGUUUACAAGAGUGGACGAGGAUUUGAACUCGGGACAAUCAUCAACAAAUCCAGCGGGUGCUCAGGGUGGGGUCCGGUCGUUUCGCUACAAGUCGAUUCGCAGCGAAGUUGUAAAGUCGUUUCGCUGCAUCAUGAAGUUGUCUGUUGAUUUGCUGCAAAACAUUUUUCGUUUUGCUGCAGACGAGAGUAAAUUCCCAUCAUAAUAAAAGCUAAGUCUCUUCAUACUUUGAGUUUAUGUUGUUGAUAUUUUCGUGAAAUCCUUCCAAAAUCUUUUUUCUUCCCGUAGUUGGAGACUUGUAGCGAAAAGACUUUGUACCGAAACGACCGGUAAUCGCCAGAGUGGGACUUGAACCGGGCACCUCCGGCGCCUUUGUUACUCGGCCACACUGCCUCCUGCUAGGAUAAAUGAAGUUGUAUGAUGGUGCAAAUUUCUAAAGGGUGGCUUAAGUUGAAAUACACGAAAGAAAAAAACACUCCAAAAUUUUUUUUCAUUUACCCUUUCCCUCUUAGAGUGAGUGGUGGAGUCGCGUAUGCCGUGGUUCUAACUUUUGAGUGUGUGCGCCAAAGACCAAAUGUUCCCCUUUGGUUAGUAACUCCUAAGGUAGAUAAGCCAGAGCGAAAAUUGGAACGAAAUCCCAGCUUGAGAGGCUAAUCAAAUGAAAGUACCACGGCUUAAGAAAAUUCAAGUGAAUGGUCGCACCACAAGGUUUUGUCUUCAAAAAAGGAAGUUAGAAAUUCUUCUUCUGCCUCCUUGACUAGUUGUGGGAAGAAACCUUCAGAGAAUGAAAUGCUUUGUGAAUUUCUUAGUUCUUCUGUAGUUAUCUGCAAUGCGCCCCUUUGGUUGUAGAGUUAGAAAAGAACUGCUAACGGCGUGCUGUUGAACACGUGUCGUUUCUUUUCAGCAAGUCACGCAUCUUGUAUCAGAAAUGUCCUCCCUUCGACAUAUGCUGCACGAAAAAAGCGCUCAGAAGGAACAACUCGAGGAACACGUAGCAGAGCUGCAGGGUAGCAUCGAAAGGAAAACAUGCCAAAUCAGAUGGUACGUAGAAAAAUGUAAUAUGAGCUCUUAAUUGACACUUUAAAGGGGCUUAGUUCAUCCUGCCAGCGGAGUCUUUCGAUACAAACUCUUUUCGAUACAAGUCGCUUCGAUACAAGUUAAUUCCUUCGAGGUGUAAAUAGUUUCACGUACUUGGCUUAAAGAACGAAGAUUAUUCGCGCAACAUCUUUUCCUUGUUCAAUUGCAAACUUUACUUGACGUGAUCGAAUUUUUUGUGCAAUUUCACUGCUUGAGUUUGUAUCGAAACGCAAAAAACGCUCCAUAAACUGUACUAGAUCCACGAUUUGACGGUCGUGGCAUGCAGUUAAGAGACACUCACUCACUCACUCCCAGGGCUCCCUUCAACUCGUCCCCCUGAGCGUUCUCGUCCUCGUCCUCUCUCUCCGGAGGACGAGAAGGGGAGAGCCCUGGGAACGAGGUUGCACGCGCAAGUGAUGUGAGUUUUUUUCCGAGUGUUUUUUUUAGCUUUAAAAUAAGAAAAAAGUCCAUAGGGCAAAUGCGACGGCUUAACGCGUACGCUGCAAAAUGUUUUAAACCUUCCUUUAAAUUAUUACCAAUAUGCUGUUCAUUGACUAAACGUUUAAAAAGUGUACUAAUAAAGAAAGUUCUAAGUGUCUCAGAACUAAAAUUGGUGUAGCCUCCCAUAAGGAACGAGUAACGAAGAACGUUGGCGUGGGAGGUUAAAACUGGUGUUACAGUCGGCGCCAUUUGGGAGCUUAAGUAACGACGACGACAAGGAGAACGGCAAAAAAACAAAACAGCAAAACAACAACUUUGCACGUGCAUCACACUUUUUUGUACAUUCCUUUGCCAUCGUUGCACGACUACGAAGUGAAAUUUCUUAAUAUCGCGUUUCAGCAGAACGUGAACAGAAGACAACAAUUUUCUUUUCUUUUCUUUUUCUAAAGUUAGGUACAGACUUUUAGAACUCAACUCCAGAAACAUUCGCUAACAUUUAUAAAAUUGAACGAGAUGAAACAAGAGCGAUGUAGUUUUAAACAGCAACGAUGCGCUUUUAUAGUCAGAUUUUUGCCGCCGUUGCUGCGGGUGGAUUCAUUUGCAACAUACUCGUAGAGCUGUCGCAUUUGCCGGCUGGAUUUUUUUUAUUGUUUUUAAGCCUAAAAACAGUAAAAAAAUUCCAGUGGGCUUAUGCGACAGUUAUACGCGUAUGUUGCAAAUGAAUCCACCCUACGUAGUGGUGAAUGAAAUUUUGCUAACUAAAUCAAGAAACGCCACAGACGUUUGAAUGCGGAGAAAUUUGGCACAGUCAUCGACUCCUGUGCUUUUCCCGUGCCAAGGACGUACACUCGUGGCACGUGCGAGACAGUCCCCGUGCAGAAUGUAACCAAUCACAAACAGAUGUCCUUCUCACUGUACAAACUUGCGCUAUUUGAUUAAACCAAUCAGAGCUUAGCUUUUGUCUUUCCUGUUCACCUGCUUCGAGUGUGCGUAUUCAUGAGUUUUUCACAUUCAAAAAAUUCUUUUUUUGUUUGGUAAUGUAAUUUUCAACACAGGUGUAAGUUACGUGGUAAAUUGUAAGAAAAAAGAAAAAACACUAUAACGCAUUCUCUGAAGUCGUCGUUUAUCCGGAAAGUGUCACUUGAUUUGGUUCGGUCGAUUUUUUGGAGACUUAAUUCGCACUCCGUGCUUCUUAACACUUCUCGCUAAAAUGACGCGGAAUUUUCCACAAGCAUCGUGCGCUCGUGCCACGUCGUGUUUUGCAAAUCUUUUUUUUGGAAUCAUCAUGCAAAUAAUGCCGAAGGCAUUUAACUGAUUUUGAGUUGAAUAUGUUUGCAGUCUGAACGAAGAAGUUGACAGCUCUAGGAAAAGAAUCGAGUUCAUCAAUGAAGAAAAGGAACUCCUUGAAAUGGUAAUGUACAGAUCAAUUAAGGUGUCUGGGAAACUGCCCACCUACCCCUCCCCUAAGCUAACAUUUUGCCGUAAAUAAGAAGGAAGUGUUAAUGUUAGCUUAAGGGAGGGGUAGGUGGGCAGUUUCUCAAAAACCUAAAUUAAUCCCAGACCGCUACUCUGUUUACUCUGGUAACCCUUUUAACUUCCAAGAGUGAUCAACUUGAAUUUGCUCUUAACGAUAUCAAUACGUCAUCAAGAGAAAAGAUUAUGAGAAUUUAUUAAAAUAAUCCCCCAAGGGAAAGCGGUUUGAUCUUUUAUUAUAUUAACACCCGUGAAAUACCAGGUGAGCUUUCGCGCGAAAACAUGAUAUCUUCACAUAUGAAAUCCCUUGUGAAAAGAUCACCGUUGCUAUGGCGCAUAAUAAAUCGCGCCUUUCACAGCAAAAAGCUAUUAAAGUGAAAUGGUUUGGUACUUCAGUGGUGUUUAUAUAAUAAAUAGAACAUUACAUGGUCGCUUGGAGAUACGAAAUUUCUCUUCUCGUGUUGAAAACUAUUUCACUCGUUCGCGCGCCAACCGAAGAGAAAUUUCGUAUCUCCGCGCGGGCAUGUAAUAUCCUCUAUUUACCAAAUUCUCUCAACCAGUUUCUUAAGGAAAUGCAGGGAGAGUUUGUAUGUCGAUAUCGGUUUAAAAGGGUUAAAUAACAGACUGUCAAACCAGUAAUAUGGCCCGAGCUUGAUUACCGCGGCAGGAUUAGCUCAGUCGGUCGAGCGCUUGACUGCGGAGCGGAAGGUCGUGGGUUCAAUUCCCGGGACCGGACCAACACUCAGGGUCUUAAAAAUGACUGAGAAAUGCGGAGGUGCUGCCUUUGCCCUGCAAAUGGCUAGACUUUCGCGUGGCUCGGAUGAUUACGUAAAAAUGGCGGUCCAAAAUAUAGUGUCCCAAUUGGUGCUUUCGUGCUAAAUACAUUGACACUCAAAUAAAGUGCGCUUUUUACCGGCCGGACCAACACUCAGGAUGUUAAACUUAUUGAAAAGGAUGUGCGUCAUUUGCCCUGAUAUCUGCAAAUGGUUAAAUAAUCUGGUCUUCUUCGAUAAGGAAGGGAAAAUCGUAGACCCUGUCUUACAGCUCUUUUACUAUUCUUCGUUGGAACGUUAAAGAACCCAGACUGCUCUUCGAAAUGAGUAGAGGACCUUCGUCACUAAUUAUUAUUUUUUUGUUUAAUCUCUACACGUUUUCAUCGUUGAAGGAAAAAGUAGAGACAGAUAGCAAAAUAACUGCACUGAAGGAGUCUGAGCUGUCUCUAAACUCCAACAUCUCUUUGAUUGUGGAAGAGAAGUGCAAAGCUCUCAAUGAACUGACGCUGUUAAAGAGCCGCAAAGCAGAUGAAGAGAAACUCCGACUGAGUGCUCAAGAAGAGCUGGCGGCUCUGAAAGAACAGCUUGAGGAGACUGUAGAGUCAAAAUACGAAUUAGAAAAAGAAUUAGCGAGCAUCACACAAACGCUUCAGACCAUGGAUAGUGAGAAACAGUUCUUGGACAGUCAAGUAAGAACGUUAGAAGAAAAAAUGUUGGCUUGUCAAGACGAACGAAUCGGUCUGGAGGAUGAGUUGGAUGUUGCUAGGCAACAGCUGGAGGCGGCCAACGAGGCAAGGAUACGCGCGGAGCAAGGCCAGGUCAAGGCGCAGGAACAGCUGGAAAGCCUGCGGUGCAUGAUGGACCAGGAGAUUGCCGCGCUCAAAUUUCAGCUUAGUUCAGAGACAAUGAAGUAUGAAACAGAACUCAAGGUGAGAAAAUAACGAGAUUAAGUAUCGCCCAAUUUUCACUGCAAAUUUCAGCUUUUCGUAUGAUGGUUCCCUAACGAAAAAUGUCGGUUUGCUUUCUUUAAAUACUGAAUAUUAUGUCAGAAGUUGUGAACAUCAUAAAUACCCUUGCCGCUGAAUUUCCUUGUUUGUGUUAUUAUACCAUAAUUAGUCAAUCCCCUACUUACUCUUCCCCACCCCCACAUAGUUAAACGACCAAAUUGUCUUUCGAAUACAAGUACAAGACGCUGAUCGAGGUGCCGUGCAAGUUACAGACGGUCAUUGUUUUAUUCCAAAACAAGAAAUAAAGUUCCGUAACUGUAGUUUAUGUCUUUCCCAUUCUUUUUAUUACUUGAUACGCCGUCCCUCGAGCAUGUCAAAAAUAAUGCCUUGCCCCUCUUCCCUCCCCCCGGGGGAGGCGAGAACAGAGGAUUGCGUUAAUAGGCUACUUGCACGAUGACGUCAUUUUACUAUUACGACCAGAAUCCUUCAGGGGUUUGCUUUGACGAGUAAGUUGAACUCCACUGAGGCUGGUGCUGUGGAAUGGUUGAAAUGAACAUUAUUUUCAAGAUUUUAACGAACGAGCUUUUACAUUUUAGUUACAUUUUGAUUUUGUUUGCAGAGUUUAUCAGAUCAGAUCCAGGAGUACAACAGCGUUAAAGAACGCCUUACCGAGCAGCAAGAGGUGAUUGUGGACCUGGAGUCGAAACUCAAAGAACGAAACGACACUCUCCAACAUGACAAACAUAAAUACGUGUCAGAAAUAAAACACCUUCGAAACGAGGUCAGUUCAGUGAUCAGAUACGUUCCCCAUGUAGUGCUACCCCUAUCCACCAGGUGAAUCAUUAUACGGUCCCCACCUACCCCUCCCCUAAGCCAACAUUAACACUUACUUCUCACUGAGGGCAAAAUGUUGGCUUAAGGGAGGGGUGGGUGGGCAGUGUCCCAGAAAUGCAUAAUGAUAUGUCCGCUCGAGUCCCAAUGUCUGUAGCCUUUUCCAGGCCCCGAGAUAGUAGCAGGGUUCGUACAGAGUCUUGAAUUCUUAAAAAAGUCUUGAAAUUUGCUUAGCAAUUUUCCAGACCUGGAAACAGUCCGGAAAAUAGAGGUAAAGUCUUGAAAAAUGGUAAAAAGUCUUGAGUUUUUUUUUUCUUUUUUUAAGCCACAGCAAGUGCUUUAUGAGUGGAAGUUUUGGGUUUUGGUGGAAUCUUAUUCAAUCUUACCCGUACGUUUGCAACUCAUCAUGAAAAAACCUUUGUUCCUGUGUUUUUUAAGGUCUCUAUAACCUUGAGUCUGGAAAAGAAACUAUGUUUAGAAAAAACACUGGAAAAAGUCAUGAAUUUUGCAUCCAAAAACUGUACGAACCUUGUAGUAGGAAAAGCGGAUCGAGAAAUGUUGCGCGAAAACCGUGUAGAAUUGGGAAAGAGAGAGUACUAGUACUAGUAAUAGCCUCAUAUGUUUUUGUCUUCCCGCAAUUUUUUGCCAGCUCACUUUUUCACUGCUCUCCCACUUUCUUCGCUCGUCUGCACUGACCGAGAGCCUGACACAGGCUAGUCUGUUUUUAAAUCAUCGUGGAAAAAUUGCGAGUACAGAUCAUGUCCAGACGCGUUGUGGACGACUUUUGUUAGAGCGAUCAUUGUAAACGGUCCCCCAGGGUUAACCUGAUUCUAGAGAAAAAUAAUGUGGUGUUUGUGUGUGUGGACAUCCUUGGACACGUAAGUUUUAGCCUGUUCCUUGACUUUUUAACUGCCCUUUUUGGAUGAGUCCACGGUCGGGAGGAAAGCGUGACAUUUCUCGAUCCGUUUUCGCGACUUCGCUGUCGGUACCCUCGCCGUCGUAGUUGCUUAAGCUCCCUAAUAUAUGCCGUGGUGGAGGGCGUACAGAGCCUGCGUGUUUUUCUUAUAGAUGGAACUAACGUGAAAUCUGAUCGUGAGCCUUAUUUUUCUUCCUUCAAAAACACCAUAGGUCCAGCAGUUUAAAAGUGGAUCCGACGAAAACAAGCUCAGGAUUCGUGCGCUUGAGAACGAACUGUUGUUGGCAUCGAAGCAGCUGGAGGAAGAGCGAUCAAGACAAAGGGAAAUGAAGAGAAAAGUUGAUGAAUUUGAGGAAGCAAAAGGAUUGAAAGACCAAGAAUACGAAAGCAAAAUCAAGGCGGUUAAAGGGGACGUGGAAGAGUUGAAAAGCAGGCUUGUCGAGGUUACAAAGUAUGAGAUCAUUUUAUUCUUUCUUGUAAAUUACUUUUAUCAGUGCUGCAAGUGCUCGUUUCCUUGUUAAAUGGGAGGUAUCAACCUCGUUCCCAGGUCUCUCUGAUGUAGGCCUCGAUUUCCAGCCGCGGUUUGGGAAAUGAACCUGCGCUACCUCGUUCCCAGGGUCUUGUCUUACUUGUCCCCCUGGACCGAGAGAGGGGACGAGUAGGAGAGGACGCUGGGAACGAAUUUGGAGCCUGUUCUCCUCCGCUGGAAAGACGGCGAAUAAUUUACCAUUUUCAAUUUCAUCCAAUCUCCUUUCGGGGAGGAAUAAAGUCCGGACUCAACAGAGCGGCGAAAGUCGACGGAGCCCAAUCCUGCUGGCAAAGGGAAGAAGAUCCAAACGAAUGAAAUUUUGAAUAUGUUAUAGUGUUAAAAGAUUUCUAAAUUAGUUGUGUCUGACAAAAAUUUCUUUUUGAAGAGAAAAAGCGGAGUUGUGGCAGAAAGCAGACGCUAUGGAGCAUGAAAUCAAAGUUAAAGCUGAUGACAGAUGGAUGGAUGAUAGUGAGGCGUCGCACUGCCUCGGUUGUCAUGCUGAGUUUACCUUCCUCUUAAGAAAGGUUUGUUUUGUAAAGAACUGUAGUAGAGCAAGUCAAAACUAAGGGACCAACUUCACCUUAAAUUCCAAAGCUACACAUGCGAGAACACUAUCCUUGUACUGCUUGCGUUCUCAUCACUUCUUCAGUUUACGUAAGGAUAAAUUUCACACACAUGAGAUCAUAGUUAUGAUGAGAUCAAAGAAACUGCGAGUGACGUGCUGUAUAUGUAACUUUGUCGAAAAUGAAAACAAAAAAAAUUGAUUUUGGCUCGCAGAUUUUCCAUAUUGGCAAGGGCUAGGGCGAGGUCGAGACUGGGUGGGGCUGGGUGAGGGUAUGGAACUGUUCAGACAGUUGCCUUUAUGGGUCAAAUGUCCCCAAAACAUUCCCAUCGGCAGUGCACGUUACGCGUUUGGUUAGGGUUAACCCAUGUUUUUAGGGUUUGGGAAUGGGGAUUGUUCCUCACUGUGACAGCAUCAUUGUUGCCAGAACCUUUUCAAAUGAUAUCGGAGUGCACGUUAGCGUUUGGUAACUGUUUUUCGUGUUGUUCCUCCUUAGCAUCAUUGUAGAAUGUGUGGCCGCAUCUUCUGUUACAAUUGCUCUGACAACUGGAUUCAAACUCCACACAGCAGGUAACUGGAUCGGUAGACUUGGUUAAGUUCCACUUUUGAUCAGCGGGAACCGUAACAAUAAUGGUCUAAUAAUAAUCCAAUAUCGGUCCUAUAUUAAAAAUGACACUGUGUAAGUCAUACAUGACAUUGCAACAUUGACAAAAAGAAGGCUUGAAACCCAGCUCACUGACGUUAGAAAAUAAAGUAUGUAAUACCGAGCUGGAAUCGAACGUAUCGAGUAUUUUGAAAAAAGAAAAGGCUUAUUUCGAUCUAAUGGCAAUUGUAACUUGAGUUAGAGGCUUAUGGACGGUGGUCGUAGGUAAUCAGUAUAGAUUACAAAGCUAACUCUGGUGCAAAAGGCGAGCGAAGUGAAACGAUCCAAAAACCUUACUUUAUGGGCGCACAAUCGUGUUAAGUAAUAGGCGAAUCUCUGCUGACGUCAUUGUUUACAUUUUUGCUCAUCACGCGGGACGACGUAGUCAGCCAGCGUCAUAAAUUCGGUAGCGCAUUCCUUUCGUAUUUUUCUUGGGAGUCAAGCAUUGCCUUGCUUUUUUAACUUUCCCGUAUCCCGUGCCCCUCCCGAAAAAUUGUGUGAUUUUUAUUGGCUGCAACGUCGAAGUACGCGCAAGUCAGGUUGGAUUGCAAAAGCAGAAAAAAGAUACUGCGUCAGCAAAUGGGGGAAAAGUAAGUUUACUGUGUAGAGGAGGACAAAGUCAGGGCUGUGCUCUAAGUUACGGCGCCCGGUCGCCUGAGGCGACUAAGACGUGGCCUCUGGCGACUGAAAAUAUUGUCCAGGUCACCCAGCCGGGCGACAUGCUCGUCUUGGUUUCUUGAUUUAAAGUAAAAGAGAUAGAAUUUAGUACUUGCCACUUCGUAGCUCAGUCAGAUAAAGGCUUUUAAUCGGCCUUUGAAUGAGUUUAAUUGUUUUAAAUUGCCAAGUAGUAGAAUGAGUUGACAUUUUUGCUAACCCGGUUUUCAAAAAUCCAGUUAUAUUUAUUUAUUUAUUUGUUUAUUUGUUUUUGAUUUAAUUGGUUUUCAGGAAACUCCGUCGAGUGUGCCGUCAGUGUUUUAGCUUCGAGCAGAGACUUAAAGUCAAGCAUGCGGGAGUGUCGCAGUGGAUAGAAGACGACGCCAGAUCAGAUACCAGUGACCGGCUGUCAGACCGGAGAGUGAGCUUUCUAAGUGACACAGGAGGACUGGACGCUGAUGAAGGACCCAGUACCACACAGCCUGGUAGGAUUAUAUACUGAAAUAAGGCUUGGCUUGUCCCCAGGUGCUGCUGCCAAAGCGAAGGAAAACAGGGCGCGGGGGCAUCAUGAAAGGAAUGCAAGAAGCUUGCGUCCACUUAUAAGGAGCUUAACCAACCGCACGUCAACUGGAAUUGAGGCCCUUGCACUUCCGGUUGACGUGCGUCGCUCAAAAACGUUUUUGCGUAAGCUUCCAAUGCGAUUUGAACCGCAUAAGGUCAAGGAGAGAUCCCUGUGGGCGAGACAGUUUCUAACGGCACGUUAUAAUUAUGCUCUCAAACUUUCUUGUUGCCUUUUUGGUCACAAGCUGAUUGCAGCGUGUUUGAUUUUGAUAGUCUAACAUGCUGCAAUCGUGUUGUCUCCGCCAUGGUCCUCACGUUCCAGCAACCGAUGAUCGUCUUUCGCUUGGGGGCUACUAUGGGCCUGUCGGCCUUUGGGCUUCCGGCUGGCUUUGACCCAAAAGCGUCAUUGCAGCCCCAGCAGCAACACCCCCAGUCAGUGCUGUCUCAUUAUCAACGCUUCUGGUUUCUGUAACAGUUAGUGUUUUUUAUGGAGCAGGGUCAUAAGCCUUACGCCCAACCCCCAACCUGGAGGACCAGAGGGUCACUCUUUUUCUUGUCAUUCAACGAUAACGGUGCUAACUUUUCUGGUGAAAAAAAGUACAAUAAAAGAAUUCCGGGGUGUCUAUUUUUUGAAAUUACACCAAAAAACUUUCAAUCAGAUCUCGUACUCUAGUCGUUCUCGUACUCGAAUCUAAAGGUCUCUAUUCUGUAUCAAUGAUGGUCACCCUUUAGGUCCCAGUACCUCGCGCAGCAGUCACCCGGAUCCUCCCCAGUCUUCCUCUACACCUGUUAAACCCAGCAUGAACAACACGGGCGAGAACGAAAUCGGCGACAGCGAAACAGACCAUACUGGAGUGAAAGAAAAUUCUCUGAAUUCGCCCAACACCGCCAAGAAUGUGACAGAUAGCAAGAACUCAGACGAAGAAAGUGAUCGAUCCUCGCCUGAAGUAGAGCAAAGGGAGGAAUGCGAGGAGUAUGAAAUUGUGGACACGUCCAACGGCGAAUAUGCAUGCGAGCAGCCUGGAGCCCAGAUUGUGCUGAGCGAGUCGGACAGCAGGGAGGAGUUGGUCAUACCUUCGGUUAAUGAGGAACCCGGCGCGUUUUGGCAUGCAACUGUCAGCCCCGGAAAACGUCACCUGAUUCAGGUGAUGGUUGGUACUCCAAGGGCGUCGUUGUCUUGGAAGUUUUCGACAGAAAAAAAGGUAAAAACAUGCGUAGCUCAUUGGUCAUUUUUAGGACUGGUGUCGUGUCGAAUUGCACCAUGGAACUAUUUUGAAGACGUUGCCUUUGUUUUAUUGGCUAUCACGACGUUGCAAAGGACACUGGGUCCAAAUUCGACCCCCGAAACAGUCCCAUAAUGCAAUUCGAAACAACACCGACCCAGUCUAUUUCGUGUGACAGGUGCCUGGUUCCGUUAGCGUGGGGCUGCGGAUUUACAAGCCAUGGGGGUGUGAAUUUUAAAAUUAGUUUGUGUAAUCAAAUGGUGACGAGGGAACGGGAAAUUAGUUGGAUUUGGACAAAACGCGCGUGAAAUUAUUCCCUAAUUUCACGAGUCUACCAUUUGAUUACCUAUUAAUAUCAUGGCCUGGGUGACGAAUUACGUAAGCAAUUGUGAAUUUUUGACAUGUUUAUCCUGGAUCAUAUCGAUCGAGAACUCCACUCUCUCAAAUGUUUAGACCUUAAAUUUGGCUUAAGUUCAGAAUUUUCAAAAUUUUUCGACAGAAUACCUGUUAGAAUCCUUCUUGAUGUGUUCUUUCGUGUGUUCAGGUUUUCUAAAGCGUCUUUUUGUGCCCUGACAUCUUCAUUAACGGCAUUUUUAAAACUUCGUCGCCAUCUUGACACUGAGACGCACGGAAGGUUGCCAUGAUAAUUUUGUAAUUUCACGUGUGAAAUUACAAAUUAACGCUAAGUUUUCGCGCAAAAUUAAGAAGUAAUUCGUCACCUAUGAUAUUAAAACAGUAAACUGAUCCUUACGGCAGGAAGAGUGAUGGAAAAAAUUAGAAAGAAAACACAAACAAAUUGGGGAAUUAUGUGGGGGGGUGUUACUCUAUCAAGGGGGAGAGGGCUGGUUGCUUAAAGUGAAAGCCCCUGGAUAGCCCUGCCACCCACCUCCAUUAAGCGGAACAGUUGUGAAAGGCUUUUAACGCAGUUUUCUUGUACAUUUUAUUUAGAGCAUACGUUUUGGGGUUGCUUUUAAGAAGUCGGAGAGAAGUACGGACGUUGAGAGUAAGGUAAAACAGAUUUAUUACAUACAACGCGAACAGACAUCUAUUUAACACUGCUUAAUAUAACUUUUACCAGUGUAAUUUGCUAACGAGCUUGUUUUUGUUAUCGCCAGGUAAGUAGGUACGCUUGUAAAUUGCACAAAAUUUACUCAGUCAAUGACGUCAGUUCACUGAUCCGAAACGCUAAUACAAAACUGAGCUCUUUCUCUUCUGUUCACGAUUUUUUCAUCAUAAUCCUGGGGCAAGACUCAGUGGCAUGGCUAGAAGGGGACUGGGAAGAGAGUAAAUCAUGAAAAAAGAGGCAUUUACUCUAACCCAGACCUCUAUCGCUUCUCUAUCUGUGAUGCUCAGAAGCCCAAAAAUUCUCGUAGAGAAGUCUGCGAACUAGGCGAUAGUUGUACCGUACUACCUACGUGUAAAACUAGGGCACCAAAUCGAGUAAUUUGCAAAUGCUUGUCUUUACUUUGUACGAUGUACUAAUCCGAGCUCUAAAGUAAUUACGUGGCCGGUUGUCCAGGUUUAGCAUUGCCGUACUUGUGAUUGGCUGAAAAAAUCUCGCACCACUUCCUGAACCAAUCAAGAGUAAGGACUGAAACCAAUGCCUACUUACGGCACUUGUUUUCCCGCGCUUUUUGCACCUGAUGUAUAAAUUUGCUUUGAGAUCUCAUUGGUUCAUCUAAGUGCCUACUCGUAUUUUGAUUGGCCAGUGAAGUUCUUUUGUUUUCUUUUACGAUACUGUUAUUAAGACCGCUUUAUAUGCAUCAUUGUAGAGUCAGUCCAUCGCUAGAGGUCUGGACUGAGUUGUUCCACAGUUAGACAGCGCUUUGCCCCGGAUAAAUCACUGUCCAAUGGGGAAAUGCUAGGAAAAACAUUUGUAUUUUCCACUGGAUAGAAAUUUAUCCAGUGGUUAGCUUUCUCCACCUUUUGAACAACUGGGACCAGCAACAAAGAGAUUUCUAGAGUAGCGUCUUUUCAUUUGUUGGUGUUUUUUAAUUUCUUUGUAAAAAUGCUUCCUUAGGAUUAUCUAAAAAGUUUUUUGUGUUUUUCUCUUUUUACAGACCGUUGUUCCACUGUCUCAGUACAACUCCCAUGAACGCGCAGUUAAGGGUGAAAUACAGGAUUCCACUCCCGGAGUCUACCUUCUAGUUUUCGAUAACACAUUUUCGAGGUCAGUAGCGUAAUGUACAUUAUCACUCGAUGCAAAUGUUUCUUCCUUUUCACUUGGCCAAGAGCCCACCACGUGACCUGCAGAUAACUGCCGACCAAUAAUGGUCUGCUUAUGCGCAAUGUCGUCCAACUGUGUUUGGCUGCAAAUAAUAUUCUUCUCAUGCGUAAGUGAAACCACUCUUUUCUCCUUCUUGCGAUCGCUCCUUCGUAAAAAUGGCCGCUUCCUGAAGGUAUUUCUCAAAAAGCAAACUCAAAUGGAAGAGCAGGCCACUGAGGUGGAUCAGGAGGUCAUUACUACGAAUAAUAACCUACUGUGCCACUUAAUUGGCUACAAUAAUGAUCUGCUGGUUCUAAAUCAAUGGAAAGGUGCAUUAAAUCGGAAAAAGCCCUCGCUCCUUAGCCUUCUUAAAAUUAAUGUCCGCGCAUGCACUUAUUUAAGGGGGGCCUAUUUGAUCUAAUGGCCUUGGGGUGGGCGCUUAUUUGGGGGACGGUGCUUAUUUGAGGAAAGACAGGAUCCUAUAUGUAUGUUUUUCUGAGGUAUCUUACAGGUCCGGAACAAUGUUAGACCUUUAUAUUGCUGCUAUACCCGAUAAGAGAUUAUAGUGUUGCAUGCAUAAAAAAUGUCUACUUGAUUCUUUUGUAGAUUCACUUCCAAGCGUUUAUUCUGCAUGGUACAAGUUACACGGAGCGAUAAUAACGAAGACGACGACGACUCCCUCACGUAGAAAAAAAAGUACAUAAACUAGAGUGAAAAUGUUUUAUAUAAUAAAAUCCGGUAAUACGCGGCAUUAUGAUAUCUAUAGUUUUAGAUUUUUUAGGUACUGCUGGUUUGCAGAUGACGUCACGGCGGCCAUGUUGAUUGACAGGAACAUAAGCGAUUCUCUUCGCUGGGAACUUUACUCUUUUAUAUGCAAAUUCCGCGGGAACUGAACGUUUUUUUCAAAAAAUUCCACUUUGUUGUCCUUCCCAAAAAAGUAUUUCUCUUGGGGCGAUUUUCCCAAGAGAAAUUGAAAAAUACCAAAAUACCCUUUGUUGUCCCUCCCAAAUUUUGGUUGCAAACCAAGAAUAACCAUUUCUCUUGGGGCGACUGUAAGUCGCAAGAGAAAUUGAAAACAAUGCUUAUGCAAAAGUUUGCAGACAACGAAGAGCAUUAUGAUAUUUUUGAAAAAGGUCUGUUGCCUUGUCAGCUAACAUGGCCGCCUGAUCACGUGGUUGCAAACCAAGAAUAGCAUAGGCCAUUUCUCUCACUUUCAAAACGAGGCUAAGUGCAAACCUUUGUUGAGAAAAUGACUUUUAUUUGCGUG